UUUUGUUCCGGGCUCCUUCUCAGUGGUUUCUGCUGUGAACUGCUUUUAGGGGCUUUCUCAGCCUCUGGUCCCCAUUUGGAGGGUAGUGAGAAGUGGGACUGGGCCUCCGGGGUCAGGUUCCCCGGUGGAUGGAUCGGGAGACACGCACCUUUGCCGAGCGGUACUACCGGGGUCUCCGGGACCGAGUCCCUAGCGGCGGCGGUCCCAGACCCAGCAGCGUGAACUUCAUUCAAGCGCCGGACGCCUUCUCCUAUGCUGACUUCGUGAAGGGCUUCCUGCUACCUAACCUGCCCUGCGUGUUUUCCAGCGCCUUCACUGAAGGCUGGGGUAGCAGGCGGCGCUGGGUAACAUCGGAGGGAAAGCCUGACUUCGAAUAUCUGCUGCAGAAGUAUGGAGACGCGGUUGUACCGGUUGCUAACUGUGGAGUGCGGGAAUACAAUUCAAACCCCAAGGAGCAUAUGCCCUUCCGUGACUAUAUCAGUUACUGGAAGGAGUACAUCCAAGGAGGCUACUCCUCUCCAAGGGGCUGCCUCUACCUCAAGGACUGGCAUCUGUGCAGAGACUCCUUGGUGGAUGACUUGGAAGAUAUAUUCACCCUGCCUGUGUACUUCUCAUCAGAUUGGCUGAAUGAGUUCUGGGACGUCCUCAAUGUGGAUGACUACCGUUUUGUCUAUGCGGGCCCCAAGGGCACCUGGUCUCCCUUCCAUGCAGACAUCUUCCGCUCCUUCAGCUGGUCAGUCAACAUCUGUGGGAAGAAGAAAUGGUUGUUCUUCCCGCCAGGGCAGGAGGAAGCCCUUCGGGACUGCCGUGGUAACCUGCCCUAUGAUGUGACUUCCACCGAGCUCCUGGACACCCACCUGUAUCCCAGGAUCCAGCAGGACAGCCUUCCCAUUGAAGUCAUACAGGAGCCUGGCGAGAUGGUGUUUGUGCCCAGCGGGUGGCACCAUCAAGUGUACAACCUGGAAGACACCAUCUCUAUCAACCACAACUGGGUCAAUGGCUGCAACCUGGCAAACAUGUGGCACUUCCUGCAGCAGGAGCUCCAGGCCGUGCAGCAUGAGGUUGGAGAAUGGAAGGACUCCAUGCCUGACUGGCACCACCACUGCCAGGUCAUCAUGAAGUCCUGCACAGGGAUCAACUAUGAAGAAUUUUACCAUUUCCUCAAGGUCAUCGCUGAGAAGAGGCUUCUUGUCCUGAGACAAGGACUGAAGGGGGAUUCAGGGGACAACAAGAGCCUAGGCCUGGGCCUACAGCAGGCUGCAUUUGAUGUUGGCCGCCUCGCAGAUGUGCUAGCCUCUGUAGUUGUGAAUCCUGACUUUCAGAGAGUGGACACCAGCGUGUUCUCACCACAGCCAGAGGAGUUGCUUCAGCAGCUGGAGGACUCAGUGACUGCUGCAGAAGCCCUUUAGUAUGCUACAGAUCAAGAUGCAGGAAGAAUUCUGGAAAGCAGCUCUUGCCCCAGGGCCCUUCUGGAAAUGCAGGAUACCUUUCCUUGAGGCCUAGGAUGUGCCCCAAGCCUGUGCCAGUGCAGUUCUUGCAGGGUGGACCUUGAGGAAAGUCCAGCCAAACUGGGAAUUUAACUCUUGGAGGCCAGAAAGAUAUUCACCUAUCUGACCUCUAACAAGCCUGCCUAGAAUGUGAAUUGAGUAGUGGUCAUGAAGCCAGGUUUCCUUGGAGCCUCCCAGCCUCUUAGUUACCCUAGGAUUCCUGAGUGAUGGACAGCUUUGGAUGCCUACCUUGGAGGUACUCCUGUGUAGCCUGGGAGAUUACAUAUAUAUAUAUAUAUAUAUAUAUAUAUAUAUAUAUAUAUAUAUAUAUAUAUUUUAUGUAUGCAGUUGCCCUCCGAGCCUCUAGUUCUGUCCUAGGAGUGCCAGACUCCAACUGAACUAGGAUUAACCAGGGUAUGAUAAGCUAUACGAGUUCUUAGGGUAAGUGUUGUUUGCCAGUGGCUGGAGGCACAGUGCUAAGUGGCCAAAAAGCCUAGGUACUGGUCCAUCCAAGUCCCCAGGAUGGAGAUGAUAGUGCAGAACUAGGGAGCAGUAGCAUUCUUGCCCACAGCAGUCCUGCAAGGCCUAGCCUCCUGUGCUAGCCCAUCUGCAGCUGUAUAGGGAGCCCUGUAGAGAGGGCAGAUAUGCAGUCUUAAGCUGCGCUCACUCCCAUGCAUGUUCUCUGAGUCUGAGAUGGAGACAAACCACUGCUUCUUGGCCUGCAUGAAUCCACAUGAUAAUCCUGGUGCCUGCCUGCCAUGUUCUCUGUGCCGUUUCUAGAAGUAGGGGUUGUGGCUGAGGGCAGUGGUGUGCAGCCUCUGAGAGCCAGCUGCUUACUCUGGAUCCCAGCAUAGACCCCUAGGAUGAGGGGCAGCGCAGGACUUGUGGAGAUCUUGGCAGACAGAAACUGCCUAAACCUGCAGCCUUCAUGGUCUGAGCUGAGGCCUCAUAGGAAGGAGGAAAUUAUAAGCAGAAUUGGCCAGAAUCUUUGUAGGGUUCUUAUACAGGGCCUUGUGCCCAUGACACACCCUAUCAUCCCUAGGAAUAAUAGGUAAUAAUGGGUAAGGCCUGGGAACAUUUUCAGAAGACCCAUGUGAGGCCUAGAGAGUUGGUCUUACAAGACACAACUGGUGGUACCCUGUAGAGUAGCUAAUUGACCUGUGAGCUACAGGUCCCUCUACAGACUAAGUGAAGCAUGUGGGUAGGGCAGGGACACCUCUCUUCCUGCCCUGCCUGCCAGGAGUAGGGCCUUGCGUCUUGGUUGACCCUGCUGAGGAGCUGCUGGAGACCAGUGGCUAGGAGGAUGGCGCCUGGUGUUAGAUAGAGAAUCAGUGAAAGAAAAGUGUUUACUAAACCUUUCAAGCCCUUUGCCAGCUAAAUAAUGGCAGCACCUCCUGUUCUCAGAGCCUGCGCAGCAUAUCUCAGGGUCCUCAAACAUGGCCAGGUAGGUAAGCUCACCCAGGCUCUGCCUUUGAACUGGCCAGGGGUGUAGAUCUGGAGCCCUGGUUCCUUUCCUGUGUGGAGAUACUUCGACUUCACUCAAGUGGCCCAGCAACUUAAUUUACCUCCCUCACUCUAGACUAGCAGAAAUUAACAUCCUAGGCCAUGUGUGAUAGAUAUUAGCUACUAUGUAUUCCCAUGACCAGCGUAAUUAGAAUGAUAAUAGUAUCCCAAGUCAGAUUAACAAGCCAGGAGCAGCCCAUGAUAAACAGCUCAGCAGGUUCAGGAACUUGCUGUGCAAAUGUGUUGCCAGGUUUGAACGGUAGAAUCCAUGUCAAAGAGUAGACCUCGUGCUGCUUGAGUACUUUAUAGGCUGCCACAAUGUGAUGUUUGUGUGAGUCUCACAGAUACCACUCUUGUUGCUGAUCCUUGAAGUCAAACAUUAGUGUUUUAUGAGCUCUUCUAUCAUCUCCUUAUUUUGUUGUCCCAGCCGCCAUGGGCACAGCCUUAGUUUACUGACACGUAUUUCCAUUGUGACACUACUGUUCAAAAGUAACAUCUUCUGAAAGAUGAUUUGAAUUAACAUUAAAUGUACUCCACCUAGUUAUCCCAACAUGUGGAAAGCAUUAGCAAAAGGAAAACAUCCUAAUCUGAGCCCAAGGAGGCCUCAAAUCUGUGUUGAGGGAAUCCUCUUCCCAGUGGGAGGAUGAUGCACACGUCACAGCACCUGACUAAGCCUGCGAUUAAAUAACAAAUAGUUGGAGAACUCAAUAUAGAUACAGAUUAUGUUAGGGUAAGAUAAAGAAUCAACAGCAACAUUAGAAAGUACACUUUAGUUUACUGAAAAUGAAGGGACAAUAUACAAACUAUAAGACAGCUAAAAUCUUACCUAGAGGGAAAAUGAUGGGCUUGCGGGACUUCAGAAAGAACAAGCGUCUUGGACCAGUAAACCCAAUAGAACAUACACAGGAAGAUGGAAAUAAGCAGCACAAGUCUCUGAAACAGAAAACUAGAGACUAGCAAUGAAACCAAAAGUUGGUUUAUAAAAGAUCAAUAACCUGGGCUGGAGAGAUGGCUCAGCAGUUAAGAGCACUGACUGCUUUUCCAGAGGUUUUGAAUUCAAUUCCCAGCACCCACAUGGUGGCUCAAACCAUCUGUAACGGGAUCCAAUGCCCUCUUCUGGUGUGUCUGAAGACAGCUAUAGUGUAUUCAACAUGUUUUUCAAAAAAUCAGUAGCCUGUGCGCGCGCGCGCACACACACACACCUGUAAUCCCAGCACUUGGGAGGGUGCAGAGUACCAGAGCAACCCCACGCUCUGUAAAUCCUAUUAAAAGUAUGCAUUUGUUUUAGUGAAA